AUGUCGCGCACGCACAACCCGCACUCGACAUACUAUGACGGCCGCCUUCGUCAAGGUCCUGCUCUGAUUCGCGCGCGUCGACCCUAUCUCUUCAAAAACGCAUUUACCGGCCUUGGCCUGCUCGCUAUCGUCAGCGGCAUCUACUACUAUACCCUGAGGGCUGUCGGCCAAGACGAGUUCGAAGAUGUCAAGGUUCCCGAUGUCCCUAGAAAAGCGACCGAGACGAAAUGA